AAAAUAGAGGAUGUGGAAGAAAAUAAUACUAUGCACAUCUUUCUCUAGAACUGUUGAGUAGAGCUCAGCAGCCUUUCUCUCUUCCUCUCUCUCUCACUCUGUAAAUCUGUUUUUUCCACCUUCAUUGCAUUCCUUCCCCCUUUUAAUUGCUGAAAACUUGUUUCUUUCUGAUCAAAGGUUCUACAGUCUGAGGAAAUAUGUCUAAGAAAAAGAACCCUCAUGUGUUUCUUGAUGUAUCAAUUGGUGGAGAUCCUGUGCAAAGAAUCGUUAUAGAGCUUUUUGCAGAUGUGGUUCCUAAAACUGCAGAAAACUUCCGGGUACUCUGCACAGGUGAGAAAGGUGUUGGAGCUACUACAGGGAAACCUUUACACUUCAAGGGAACAAAUUUCCACCGCAUAAUUAAGGGAUUUAUGGCCCAAGGGGGUGAUUUUUCAAAGGGAGAUGGCACUGGUGGAGAAAGUAUCUAUGGAGGCAAGUUUGCAGAUGAGAAUUUCAAAUUGGAGCAUACUGGAACUGGUUUCCUCUCUAUGGCAAACUGUGGUCGUGAUACCAACGGAUCUCAGUUCUUUAUAACCUUCAAGCGUACACCUCAUCUUGAUGGGAAGCAUGUUGUCUUUGGAAAGGUUGUGGAAGGAAUGGAUGUUGUGAAAAAUAUCGAACAGUUCGGAACUUCUGAGGGACAACCUACUAAACAAGUCAAAAUAGUUGAUUGUGGCGAAGUUUCUUCUGGUAAAAAUGUAACUGCUGUUAAGCCAGAGAAAGGGAAAGUAAAAAAGUUAAGGAAGCCUUUGAGUUCUGACGAUAUUUCAGAUGGCAAAGCUAGAGGGCGACGUAAGAGAUCUCCAAAAGACAGGAGGAGAAAGAAGAGGAGAUACUCUUCAUCCGACUCAUAUAGCAGCUCGUCAUCAGAUUCAUAUUCAGAUUCAGAUUCAGAUUCUGGUUCCCACACUUCAGACUCAGAUUCUUCUAGUUCUGGCUCAUCUGACUCCAGUUCCUCCAGUGAUGAAAGACGCCGGAAGAGGAAGAGAUCCUCUAAAGGCCCGAAACGAUUGCAAAAAAAGAGUGGGGGGAGCAGAAAAAGAAGUCGACGUGAUGGGAAAACUAAAAAAAGGUCUAAAUGGAGUUCUAAAAGCUCAAGUGACAGUGAAACAAGUAGUGGAAGCACCUCUGAGGAAAAAAAGUCUAGGCAUCGUGAUUCUUCCAAGUUGGAGAAAAAAUCCUCUGCAUCUAUUGAGGAGCAGCAACAGAAGGCUCAUGUGCAGAAAGCGGUGAGCCAACCAAAUGGGGAAGAUGAAUUUUCUCGAGAGGCAGAGCGUGUUUCAAACACUGCAAAUGGCAGGGAAACUAAAUUUGACAAAAUUGUGGAAUCACGUUCUGUUGAUGAAGGCGUAGAAAAAUCUAGGGGCCAGUUUCCUAGUCCCAAAAAAAGUCGAGAAAUUAGCCCAAGGAGAAACACCAGUGUAAGCCCUGAUAAAGAGCGAAGGGGGAGUUCUGAGCCACGGGAUGAGGGUAUAGUUCCUGUUGAGGACCCUAUUCUGCCUCCUGCUUCUGCACAAGGACAAGAAGUGUCUAAAACUACUUCUGAAAAUGGUCAACCAACGCGUGUUAGAAAGGGUCGAGGGUUCACCGAGAAGUUUGCCUUUGCACGUCGAUACAGGACUCCUUCUCCAGAGCGCUCACCUCGUAGGCAAUUCAAUUAUGGUGGUAGGAAUAAUUAUGACAGGAACCGGGAUAGGUUUUCGAGCUAUAGAGGUAAUUUAGAUCGCUCCCCUCGUCGUCGUUACAGGAGCCCUCCAAGAAGGAGAUCCCCAAGGAGGAGUCGAAGUCUUUCCCGCAGUCCAAGUGAUAGGCGUGGCGUCAGGCGUGAUAGGAGCCGAAGUCCAGUUCGUGGUUCCAGUCCUAAAGAGAGACGUCCUGAAUUAAGUGAUAGGCUGCGAUCUCGUCUUGGCCCCCGAGCAGAUUAUCGACGUUCUCCCGCAAAAGCAAGGUCAAGGUCAAGAUCAAGAUCAAGGUCCAGGGGACGUAGCUCAUCCCGUUCAAGCUCACCCAAUGCUGGUUCACUAAAGCAAAGGAAGAGAGGCUCUGUAUCUCCUGCCAGGUCACCCUCAAGCUCACCUGUUGGACAAAAAAGUCUGGUUGCCUAUGGAGAUGCUAGCCCUGAUGCUGGAUCAAAGUAGAUUUCGGCGCGGAAGUUGGCGUUAAUGCACAUGUUUCCAUUUUGUUACAUUGGAAUCGAAAUUUAUGUUCUAGAAAAAGUUGUAGUAUCUAGUGUGGGCCUAGGGAGGAGUGGCUUGACUCUGCACUUUGUGUUUUGAAACUUUGUUUAAGAAUUUUAGCAUAUGUUUGGUACAUUUUCGGAUGCUGAAAAGGGUGUAGCUCAAUUUUUUCA